AUGGAGGGCCACGCAGCUACGAGCGCCAGGCUGCUGGCGAUGGGCAGCCUGUCCAUCCGCGACUAUCUCAAAACCGCACUGCCCCAGCAAGACAUGCUCGACAUCGUUCCCGCCCCUUCCGCCCCUUCUGCGAAGCCUGCACCCGAACCGCAGCCCAACCAAGCGGAGGGCAAGGCCGAGGUGCCAUUCUACAUCAAGCGUCGGGGCAAAGGUAAAGGCCGUCCAGUCAUGUACAACUGGUCCCACUCCAGCGUAGCCCAAAUCUACGUGACGGUCGAGUUCGACGACAUGCAAGCAACGAGCACCGGCGACGCAGGGGGCAUCAAAGAGGCCAAGGAACAGGCGUGCAUGGUCCUCGCCGCCCGCAUCCUGGCGCGCAACGCCCGACGAAUCACACACUGA